AUGCCGGUGAUCACUAACCCGCAGCAACUCAUGCAUCUCACGGAAGAGCAACGUCAGGCUUAUUUGGUGGAAGAUGCUAAGCGGGCAAAGCGCAACCACAAGAUCUUCCUCCUUUCCCGAGGCAAUGGUUUGAUGACACCGCAGGACAAGAAUUUCAUCACCCGUAUCCAGUUGCAACAGCUGGUUGCGGCUGCUGGAAAUGUCGCAGAUUCAGAUCCCGAGGCCGUGCUGGCGGAGGACUUCUACUACCAGGUGUACAGCCAGAUCCGUGGCGCACCGCGCCAACACCCCCACCAGCCCCUUGGUCAUUUCGCCCAGACUUAUCUGCUCCAAACAGGUAACCGUCUCGGUGGGCACCGUCGGGGCAAUUUCCAGAGCGCCGAUAACCACAUGCAGCGAAUGCAGCAGCAGGUCCAGCGUGCCGUAGAGGCGGCUAAGGCCAAGCCCAAGAAUAAGCAGCUCAUUAUCGAGGGCAGCUUGGGCAAGAUCUCAUUUAGCAAUGCCAAGGCGCCCAAGCCGAUGCUGAAUAUUAAGCGCCCUGAUAGCUCAGAGGGACCUAAGCCCAAGAAGCAGUCGGAUCUGAGUCUCAGUGACCGCAAGUCGAUCCUUACGAAUCUCGAAGGUGUUUACAGUGCAUUGAUGGCAAUGGAAGAUAUGGAGCGCACGAUGCCGCCACCCCCCGAGGAAGGCGACGCCGAGGCAAUCCAAGAGCACAUGGAAUGGAGACAGAAGCUUCACUCGCUGAACCAGAAGUUGUGGCGGUCAUUGAAAGUGAUGGAACCAAUUGUGCCCAACUCGACGACACCCCACCCCUUUAUCGCAUUCUUGUCAUACCCCAAGGGCAAGAAGGCCAUUCCUCGCAUCUUCCGUCACAUUGACCAGGAACAGCGUGUCACUAUCCUCACCAUGAUUGUUGUCCACCUGGAUAGCUUAGAUGUGGUCCGUCUUGCUCAGCCCGUACCGGGUGAGGCCCAGCCAUCGCUCGGUGUGCGCGAAGCUAUUGACCUGUUCUCAUUGGCCGUCAUGCCCUGCCUUUUGGGAUAUGUGAACGAGGCACCAUUCAACAUUAUUAUUGGCCUUUUGGGAUUGGUCAUUAACCAAACCCAUGUGCAGAGCGUCGCUCGCACCAAGGUCGGAUUGGGCAUUUUGACCAUGUUGCUCAGUCGUGCCGAGAUCGUCAAGGAGGCCGGUCAGGCUUCCGAGCACGAUUGGCAGCAGUGGGUUGAGAAGUUCAAUGUGUUAUUUGAUACCUUGGAACUCGGAUUGAAUGACAUUUUCCCCGGAUCGAUCAGCUCCGGUGACGAUAUGUAUGUGUGGCAGUUCCUUGCCGCCGUGGGCAUUGGCGCCAGUCCUGAGCAACAACAACGUCUGGUUAUUGCCGUGAAGGACCGUGUCAUGGAAACCGUGGGAUAUAGCAAGACCCUUCCUGCCGACAUGGGCAGUCAGCGUCUGAACAACGUCAACCUUUUCAUGCGGGCCAUUGGUCUGGACGUUGAGCUCCUUGGUUAA